AUGGACAACAUACACCGUCUGAAAGACGCCCUGACAAGGGCCUUGGCCCGUGGCCCAGAAGAGCCUCACCAGGGGGAUCGGGAACUGUUUGAAGAGAUCAUGGUUCAGAAACCGCGUCUGCUCAAACUGUUCGAUGUUGGUCCUAGAAAUGCUCAAGAACAAAGGGAGGUCGAAUCAGGGAAAAUCACCAUCGACGGAAAACAGGUUGCAGUGAACUCUGACUUUGCCCGUCAAGUUCUACUCAUUUCCCAACAUCUCGAUUGCUCAGAAAAGCAUGUCGCAAGCGUUCUUCAUUCCGUUAUGCGAAACAAUACGAACCUAUCUCCCGUCGACUACAUUGAAGCCACAGUUCGCGAGUACCAUGCACGAAGACGGGACCUCGCUGAUUCCAUUGGAACCCUCCUUGCCGCGUCCCUUGAAGGCGAGCGACCGGACGCGCCUCCAACCCUCCAACGUCUCCGCAGCUUUGUCCGGACGGAGAUCUUGCCCGUGGAAGCUACACCCGGAGGGCAAACAUCUUUCGCCCAUAGGAUCUUCAAAGAGAUCCAGCAGCUCGACAAUGUCAUCGCCAAAGCAGACAUCGCCCUCAAAAAUGCAACAAGUAACACAGUAUCCCCAUCAGCUCAAGGGCAAGGUGUUCUCGGCUACGACAUUCUGAAGGGAAGGAGAGACUCACUCAAUUACGAACGACGCAAGCUGGCCAUUUCGUUGACCACAAUAGCACAGCACGGGUGUAUAGAGCCCAACGAGAUUCGAGCCUUCAUCGACUGGCUGUCUGACCAUCCAACCCACUUCCUGGCCUAUCACAUCCUCACCGCCGUAUUCAUCAGCUUCGAACCUUGCGACCCCGAUUCACCCCUCGGCUCCCUUCGCUCAAGAGUAUCGACCGACCAAUCACUUCUCACUUAUAUGAGCAAAAAGCUCUCCCCGUCAACAACAUGGAAGGAGCCCGGGUUGAAGGCAGCUAUCCUUCUCAAAUGGACAAUGUUCAUCACUGAUGCACGCCACAACGACGCGAGCCUGGAGCACCGAGCGGGUUUCAAAAAUGAAGAACUUGAAACCCAAGUAUGGAACGCUGUUCAGGGAGACGCAUUCACCUAUUUGGCCAUCACUGUCGCGCGGUUAUCUCGAAAGAACGAGAAAGAAGCCCUUCCACCAUCCCUCGUCACCUCUCCAGUAACCGAAACAACCGAGCAACCAGAACUCCCUGCGCAAGACUCGAAGUUGCUCCUUCUCUCGACUUUCGAAACUCUCGUUCGCUCUUUGAUCACAUAUGCGUCCUCGGAGCUCCGAAAGAUAAAGCAACGGCAAGAGGACGUCGUCCUGGCAAAUGCGAGGACCGAGCGAAACCGGGCAGCCUCACGGUACGGCGCGCCUUCGGUACCAGAACCCGAGAAGCCAGCCCAGCAACCCAGACACGACAUUGCCAUUCUUUACUCCUUCAUUGGGUUGCUGUUCCAAGCUCUUCCGCAAGAGCGCGCUCUGCAGUUCUGGGGAGCUGGAUCGGUUGACGCUAGCAUCACCUACCUUGAAUUUGUGGAAGCCACCGCUGGCCGACUUCCUGCUUUCCUCCAAUGGGCGGUUUGGUCAACAUCUUCUCAAGACUUGAUCAUGCUGACUGCUCUUUACGAUAUGAUCAAUGGACUGGCCAAGGGACAGCAGUGUAGCGAGCUGGCUUAUAACUUUUUAGCUCGGGGAACUGGAGAGGUUCUUCCCGGAAGCUCGAUCUCAUCUUCAACCGCUGCGACUCCCGCUAUUUCAUGGACUGCCAUCUUUGGUAUCCUCGAUGCAUGGACGAACGCAAUUGCGAACCCGAAGAGCAACCCCCAACCUCAAUCCCUCGGCCUAACCUCGACGUUCUCUCAUUCCAUUCAGAACCUCGCCCAGCCGGUACCCGCCCAACAGCCAGUCAUCAGCAACAAAGACGUCAUUUUCGCCCAGGCAUUCCUUCGACUGUUGGCCUCCGUUGUCCGAUACUCUAUCAAUGUACGCAAGGCCAUUGCCGGCCAUAUUCACUUCCGCGCCAUCCCUACUCUCGCCAACCUCAUUCCCUUGAGCGUGCCACUGGAGUUGAAAGGCGCGCUGUUCGACACACUCGCCGCCUUCUGCGAACCUGGAGGAGGAAGCCCUGGUUUGGAAAUUUGUCGAGCUGUGUGGACAUCUUUGGAGCGAAAUGAGGUGAUCAAUGUUAGAGGGCAAACGGGUGGCUUCUCGACAUCUCUGGCAUCCGGGAAGGGAGUAGAAGUAGAGUUGGAGCAGAUCGAGGCGGUACAUCGACAAUACCCGGCCACAAUUCCCUUCCUCAAACUUCUGAGCACCCUCAUUCAUACCGCCAAGCGCCUGCCAGAACGAGAUCGGGCAACUGGCAUGAUUCCCUCAAACACCAUCCCGGACACCCUGGGCCAGCCCUACCGACUUCCCGGAGUUGGUCCCUACACCUCCUUCGUUAUCGACAACGUCUUUGCGAACAUUCCAAACCGAGAGUACAAUGACCCCUCGGACAGAUGGCGCAUCAAUGACCUCUGCUUGUGCUACAUCGAGCGGGCCGUUGCUGGCUUUAAUCUCGAAUCUUUGGUUAGCCUGGCAGAAGAGGGACCUCUCAAGACUGAGUCUAUCGUACCCUACCUCAUCCAUCCAGGGUUCGACGUCAUGACUCGGUUGCUGAGCACUUCACCCUUGCAGGCGAGCUUGCUCUCAUACCUUGUCGAUGCACUGGAUGGAUUCGAGAAGGGACUUGCGGACGAGGAGCCAGCGUUCAGGAACACUAUCAUCCGAGUGCUCCGAAUUGUUUCAAGGUUGCUGGAGAUUCAAGACAUCUUCCUCGAUGUCCUCCUCCCCCUUCUGUCCGAAUUCAACACGGCGCCCUACAUUGGUCAUCUCCAUCAUCGAUCCUACUUCACCAAGUUCGACCAAGCCCUGUCCUUCGACCCGCGCUACACGCCAGCCAUCGCCCAGUACAUGGAGUACAGUAGUCAUGCUGAGAUCGUCCUGUUGUCGGUCAAGGUUCUCACCUUCCUCUCCACCUCCCCAUACUUCACCAACCUCGUCGCCCUCAUCGACCGCAGUCCCAACUCGGAACGAAUCCUCGCUGCAUUCGUCAAGACCUUGGAAGCAGAGCUUGUGCCGGAUAUUACCGAAGCUGAGAUCAACGCCGAGCUCAACUCUGGCGCGGGAGCGCCCACCAUUGACGACGCGAGCAGCUCCUUGGAUCAGGCUAUCCGAUUGGCGUCGUUGGAUUUGUUGAUCCAGGACACGAGUAAUAGCCGCAGUUUCCCCAAUCUUGGCCAUUGGCUCCUUUUCGGGAGUAGCAAACCUCUGGUGGAAGAUCCCCGUGCAUUGCACGCGCGCAGGACCUCGAUCCAUGUCAUCCUGGAGUUGGUGAAUGAAGGCGUACCGCGUAUCAAGGAUCGAAGGAAUCCAGAACAUCGCAUUCAAACCAUCCCUCUUGCCAUCUCCCUCCCCGCAUUGGCUGAACGUUGUUAUCGCGUCAUCUACCAGCUCUGCACGCACCCACGAACGUCCGAAUUUGUAACCCGGUAUUUGCGCACGCGGGAGGAUUUCUUCGCUCGUCAAAUUUCGAACAUUUCUCCUGGAGCUCCAGAGUGCCCUGCGAAUAUCGUCAUCAAGGUCAUCUACGGAGAUGGGUCGGGAGUGAUUACGACGGUCGAGGCAUUGAGCUCCUUCCUCCGAUUGCGAUCCUACAUCUUCGACCUUGUCGCCCUCGAACUUCACUUGUUGACGAGCAAGGGACACCACAAGAGUGUCACGGAUCUGCUCGAGAUUCUGUUCGGUAUUGAUGUGGAUUACGAGGAGGAGCACGACUUCCAUACCUUCCGGGAGGUCGGCCAGUCAAACAUGCGUAUCGUCGACUUCUUCCAGUCGUUGUUGUUCGAGUGGCAGGAUACGUUGCAAGUUAACCACGUCGACUUGCAGUACCUUGCUCAGUUGAACUUGCAGGCCUCGAUCCGGAAGGACGCCAAUGGAUGCGAAGUUGUCGACCGCCCCACAUUGCUUCGGAUGAUCUCCACCGCCAAACAGACACUCCUCUCUCAGGGAAGCAUUGCCACGACUGCCCAGAACGAUCAACUCAAUGCGGAGAUAAACUACGUAUUGGAGAGUUGUGCGAUCGAGAAUCAUAGGCGGCAAAUUGCGUUCAGUGUUGCGACUGGGUUCGAAUCAUGGCGCCGUCUCCUCGAUCUUGCGCUCACCAAGUGCUUCGACCGACUGCCGCAUGAUCGCAGGGAGAAUAUGUUGUUCGACCUCCUCCAUGUCCUUCCACCUGCCAUUCGCUCGCCCAAUAUCGAAGAACCCACCGCCGUCUUGUUGUCGGAAACCACACUUUCGCUCAUCACCAAGUUGCGAGAAGAUCGACGACAUCAACUCGUUUUGCAGUCUGGUGGAGUCGAAGGAACCGGAUCUCUUCCAGCCGAACGACUUUACUCCAUUCUGCGAAGUAUCGUUGAAGGUAUCCUCGACAGCAACCAUUCGGAACUGAUCAGAGGCAACCUCUACGGCUCUCUCAUCAACUUCAUCCACCUCGUCCUCGUUUCUGACCACGACAGCAGCCUCUCGGACGAUUCCAAGGACGUUUUCAACCUCGAUUAUUCUUCAAGGCAGGGUAGCCCAUUUAGCGGCAGUACGCGCUCCCUCGCACUCGUCAACUCGACUGGUUCCUCCAGAACCGCCAAGGUUGAAUCGGGAAUCUUGUCAUCCCUGAAGCCCGGGUUGGAGAGGUUGGUUGCUGUUGUUGCCAGGGAUGCGAUCGAUGGAACGGAAGUUUGGAAGACGGUGGCGUUCAUGCUUUUGGAUGCGAUUACUCAAUUGUCGAGUUUGGAGAAGCCGCAUGUUGCGCUCUCGGCAUUGGAUCGACAUGGUAUUCUUACCAACUUCGUGAGGGGUCUUAAGGAUUCGGAUGCCCUGCUACAGUCUGUCCUUAAGCCUGAACCUGAUGACCUCAACCCUCUGUACGUCUACGAGGCGAAGAUGUCGCUGUUCAUUAGGAUGGCCCAGACGAGAUCGGGAGCGGAGAGGUUGCUUGAGGCGCAGCUGAUCCCGACUCUCGCCCAAUGCGACUACUUGGAUGCGAUGCCAGAAGCCGACCAAGCAUUCAUGGACCACGACUCGUUCCUGCCUUCGGCCAUCCAACGCUACCACCAACUGUUCACCCCUGCUGUCCAAGUCGUCAACGCUAUCAUCGCUGUCUUGGGCAACAAGCAUACGACAGCUACUAACCACGCUCUGGACUUCCUCUCGAACCACUCCUCGACUAUCGCCAUCCUGUUGAAAACGCAGGCUGAUUACGUGCCACUGUCUAUCCUCGAGGAGCUCCACUUGGUGGUUAACCUCUGCGCCAGUGUCUUGCCAUCCGUCCCUCGAACUGACCUUCUUUCAGCCAACUCUGGGUUCGGCGUCAUCAACGCUGCCAUCCUUAGUUUGUCCACAAGGACCCUUGGGCGAGGCAAAGCCUUUGACCGCGUCAUUCCUUCCACCGACAGUGAAGUGCAGGCGAGCAAUGUGUAUGCCUUUGGCCACGGUUCGUUGAGCAAGUUCGAUGUUAUGGUGCAGCAGAAGGAACGCCUCUUGCACAAGAGCGUGAUUUCGUAUAUUGGUUCGGCUAGUGAUUUCACUGAGGAGGAUAUUCAUUUGGUCUUGUCGCCUAUAACUAUCACUCCUAAGCGUGAUGACCAUGGCUCUCGUUUCUCUGCCACGAUCCCAACGAUUGGCGAUGCCCUCGCAGCACUGGACGACCUCUCCAACGACCUCGCGGAGAUCCUCAAACAAAUCUCGGACAUCGGAGCUGAGUUGGCGAACAAGCACCAUAUCGGGGCUAACGAGAUCCAAGAGAUCCUCCGCGAUUUCGACCCUGCAUUGCUGCAAGACCUCGAGAUCGAGCAAACCCGAUCUCUCAUUUAUCGGGAGCUCAUGCGGAUUAGGCGGUCUGUGCAGAAUGAUGCCCGCGUUGUUUUGGAUUCACUAGAGAUGCUCAUGCUGCUUCUCUGGCGCCACCUCAACCAUUAUGCCAACCCAAGCAACAUGAAUAUGCCCCCGGCCAAAGCCUCUGUGGCCAACGCGAUGCGACUGUUGCAAACUGCCGAUCCUGUGACAUUCAGAAGUGAGGCGGGGAUCAAGUUGGCUCCCAUAUUGCAAAAAUUGGCUGGCCUAGACUUUACCCCUGUUGCUAGCGGUAAAGAUUGGCAAGACAGCCAGGGUUAUGUCGAGAUUAUGUCUCGACGAUUGAGGGAUACCGCUGGCCUUUUAGAUGACAAUGGUGGUGGCGAUCACGAAUUCGACGAUGAAGCCGCUUGA